AUGAACACGCUGGAGCAAGUGUUUUUGAAGGUGACUGAUGGCAACUCGACCGACAGAUCUUCCGGUGUGGCCGCCAUGACGGAGAGCUGGGUAAAAGCCCGAAAACUCGACGGAUCCGCGCUACAUUGGGCCCAAUUCCUGGCGAUGCUCCGGAAGCGCUUCCUGCACAACUACCGCAAUUGGGGGCUGCUUUUGGCGCAGCUCGUCCUCCCCACCCUAUGCCUGCUUCUCUGCUUGAGAAACGUAAAGGAGGCAACGGUGCCCCGUGAAAUGACCGACGUCUACAUCCCCUACGACUUCUCCGACAUGCUAUACCCGGCCCGGGUCAUCCUCCAAGACACCGCCCGCGGCGGCUCCCCCGGCUCGAGCUUCUACAACGAAAAAUUCAAGGCCAUGGAGACCGAGUUCAUCUCCGUCGCCGCGCACGACAGCUUUGAUACAGCCGUUCUGAAGGCUUCCCUCGACGCCCCGCCCCUUGGAAUGGGCAUACGGCUAGACGGUGGGAACACGACAGCCUACUACAACCGGCUGAGCCACCACGGGGCGCCCAUCGUCGUCAAGCUGGUUGACCAGUUUCGGUUGCACGAUGCGUUUGACGGCAAGAAGAAGACGAGCCUGGAAGCCGGGAUCCGCGUCUACAAACGGAAGGACGGGGUCGAUGCGUUUCUGGAGGAGCUGUCCAGCGCGGUCUCCAACCUAGUCAAAACCUACGGCUGCAAGUCCGAACCGGCCGUGAAGGAGCUGAGCUUUGGCAUCGAGACGGGCCAGUGUUUCGGGUUGCUUGGAACCAACGGUGCCGGCAAGACGACGACGAUCGACAUCCUGACGGGCCGUCGCUUCCCCUCGGACGGGCAGAUCAGCAUCUACGGUGAAGAGGGGACGGGAUGGAGGCCGAUUGGCUACUGUCCACAGUUCGAUGCCGUACUCCUCGAUCUGACAGGCCGGGAGACUUUGGAGAUUAUGGCGGCUUGCCAUGGGUACUCGGAUCCGAAACGGAUCGCUUCGGAGAUGCUGGUCGCCGUCGGGAUGGCAAAAGAUGCGAAUCGCCGUCUUCGCCACUACAGCGGCGGCCAGAAGCGGAAGAUCAGCAUCGGCAUCGCCCUCCUCGCCCAGAAUACGAUUCGAAUUUUGGAUGAGCCGACAGCUGGAUUGGACCCGAGGGCCCGCCGCGAGAUCUGGUCGUACCUCGACUUGGCCCGUCACCGUGGAGCUGGUGGCCGUACCGCCCAGCUGUUGACGUCGCACUCGAUGGAUGAGUGCGAAGCCUUGUGCUCCAAGGUUUCGAUAUUGACGAAGGGACGCAUGAUUGCUAUUGGGACGAGCCAGCACUUGAAGUCGAAGUACAGCGGCGGCUACAAGUUGACCCUGGUCCUGCGUGGCGGCGAUGUCGGCGAGCUGACAGCCGAUCAACUGGAAGAGCGCACGAAGCAGCGCAUCGAGAAUGUCUGCCGCGCCGUGACGGACACCUUCCCCGAGGCCAAAAUCCAUGAGAUUGGCCACUCGCUGACCGGCGUCUGGGUGAUCCCCGCGACGAACCUGCUGCCGUGGUCAAAGAUCUGGGCCGACGUGUUGGCGUUGGUCCAGGAGGGCCGUGGGCUUGAAAUUGCCGACUACAACGUGACCCAAUGCGGCCUUGAGGACACGUUCAUGAAGGUCGUCAACGGGGAGAUGGCUUCGGAGCGACCAUCAUCCUCAAGCCGUCGCACCUCCAUGAAAUCCCGCCCCAACGCCACCUCAACCACCACCAACAACACGAUGGACACCCAAAAGUCGGAGAAGUCCAACUCGAAGUCGUCGACCAAGUCCACCAAGUCGACGAAGCCCCUCCGCCGCACCUCAUCGACCCAGCAGCAGACCGCCUCCACCCAGUACUCGACCGCCCCCCGCUCGUCGGCCCUUCGCAAA